AUGUCUACAAGGUCAUACAACAACAGUACGAGUCCGCACAACUCGUCGGAGUUGGUCUACGAGUUUGUGAGUUGUGCGGAGAACGGGUCUCUGUACCUUCCGAACUGCCAGGGUAUGAUGCUGGACGGACGGGAAGACUAUCUGUCCGAGGGCGCGCUGAUAGCCGUGACGGUGGUGUACGCCGUGGUGUUCCUCGUAGGCGUUCUCGGUAACGUGGCCGUCGGCUUGGCCGUAUGGGGCAGGCGGGAGCUACGGAAGGCGACGAACUAUUUCCUGGUGAACCUGAGCGUGGCAGACCUGUUACUGCUGCUGGUGUGCAUGCCGACAUCACUGCUGGAGACAUGGGUCCCCAUGCCCUGGCUACUGGGGGAAGUCAUGUGUAAGCUGGUCCCGUAUCUGGAAGUGGUGGUUUGUCAGGCCUCAGUGCUGACUAUCGUGGCUGUGUCUAUAGAGCGGUACCUGGGAUUGACUCACCCUCUCAGGGCCAGGUCUGUAUGUACCAGCAGUCGCACAUGGAGGGCCGUUAUCCUGCUCUGGGUCACCUCCCUGCUGGCGGGGUCACCGGUCCUGUCUAUCGCCGAGCUAACCACGUAUUACCAAAACGACACAGCUAUCACCGUUUGCGACACGAAGGUGGACAAGCCGUGGAAGACGGCCUACGUGCUGACCACCACCGUUCUGUUCUUCAUCGUGCCUAUCCUUCUCCUCUGCGUGCUGUAUUCCAUCAUCGGGCGGAAAAUGGUGGGCACGUGCCGGCUGAACUCUGAGGAGGCCAGCGACAGUCUUGUUGAGCGGCAGCGGUCACGUCGUCGCGUAGUGUACAUGAUGGUCACCGUAGUCGUGGUGUUCUUCGUGUCCCUCCUCCCUCAGCGCGUGGUGCAGCUAUGGCUCAUCCUCGCUCCUCGCGAAGACAUCAACGCCUUCGGCCAACACGACGUCCUCAUCCUGGUGGUCUUCCUCCGGAUCAUGCUGUACUUGAACUCCACGCUAAACCCCAUCAUCUACACGCUGUUCUCCACGCAGUUCCGGAGCGCGUUCCUCCGCCUUGUGGGGUUCAAGGACAAGUCUGCAUCCCUCCAGAGGACCACCAACACCCGCUGCUGGCUCGUUCGCUACCGGAACACUCUAGAAAUCCACGGGAAGGGGGUCCACCGAACCAAAGCCGAGCCGGGCUUCAUCAACCGACAGGCGUAUCCAAUGCUGCCCAUCAUAAAAUCUACCGGUGUCGCAGCGAAUCAGGGAGUGGGGAGAAUUACAAGACAAGUCACCUCGACACCCUCUCCGCUUAGCCUACACGUGAGAGGCAACUCCAUUGUCUCGAUGGUCCCGACGAUCCAUUUCAGUGAUUCGGACCAGGACAUGGAAGUGCCACCGAAGGACGAAGUUGUGCAGAUCUACGGCCUACAGCCAGACGCACUCCUGAAACCUUUUUCCGAGACGAGCAGGCUCACCAACAGCACGUCUCUGAGAGACGUGUACGGUGACUCUGUAGUGGGAGAUAACGGGUUAGAUACGAACACACCCAUGUCUAAGAGCUUCUAGCUCGGCAACGCUGAAGAGGCCUAGGAAAAGAUGUUAUGUUUUCGGUUAACCAUUCAUUUAGGAUUUUACCAUGGUCAAUAUUGACCGAAGGAUGCCAUAUAGGUAAUCGACUCUAUCAAAAACCUGUUGACUUUUUUUGUCUCGACCGCUGCUGGCAAGACAUAAAUUUUUUCGAUCAAAGUCAUGAAAUGCAAAACAGACUUCCGUGUACUUUGUUCAGUUUAUAAAACACGUUUGUACUGUUUCACAUCGAUGUGUAACUAUGAUAAUAACAACACAGUGUCUUGAUGAAUUUAAUUUUUACAUGUUAAACUGCUUUUGCUGGAUGACAAAAUCUAAGAAAAAAGAAAAGAUCUAGAGAAAGAAAAGAAAACAGAAAAUCAAGAUUGUAGCCGGAAACACUACAUUUUUUGCUAGGCCUGACAAACGGUAAUACAGGGUUAACUCGGAAACAAAAAGUUGUUUAGCCUAUUUUAGCUUAAGUUCGUUCCUCCAAUCGCUUCCCCUGCGAAAUGCCAAUAUUUCCAAAUACGCAAUGAUUCCCCCUACCCCCUACGAUGCCACGGAGACCUCAAUUAUACCCCGCAAGCUACAAAUUACCAGUUUGCGUCUUCUAUACAGAUUUUAAAUUGAAUUCGAGUUACCUAUGGCGUCUACUUAGAUCAUGUCAUGUAGUUUUAUAGGCGAAAAUUGUCUCCUUGCGACCUAAAUUGGAUUUGUG